UCUAGUUUUCACUUGCAGAAGUUUACAAAUCGUUUCGUACCAAAUUUCAAGUCAUGAAUCACUCUUCAAACGGAAGCAACGAUCUGGAAAUCAUUCUGGAUAUCUACGAAGACGGACAAGUGAAGCUGGCCAGUUCCUGUGAAAACUUUUCCCUUCUCGAAAAAUCCAGUUUGCGAAGUGUAUGUUCCGAAUGUGGAGUCAGCAGGAGCGUUUCUUCCGUUGGUGAAUCCACCGUCGUAAGGUUGUUUCCCAGAGAUCUGCCAUCAGUCAGGGAACCGGAUAUGCUUCAGGUGAUUCCGGAAAGUGAUGAUGAAGAUUCCGAACGGGAACCGGAGCUGGUGGAUGCUAGGCCUAGGUUUUCUUGCGAUAACGAGUGCUGUGUUCAAAGAAGAGCUGGACCGAUGAAGCAUUUGGACGAUGAAACUGUGAUUCUGGAAGCAAAUAUUCAGCUGACUUUUCCCAUCAAACGAAAAAAUCUAGAACAGUUGCUAAAACUUACAAAUGUAGUGCAGCGUUUUUAAUGACAGAUGCUUCGAAACCUUUAACUAUCUGUCGUAAUCUGUUCUUGGUGCCGUGUGAUUAAAACCCAUUUAAAAUAUGUUAAAUAAACAGGGAAGCAUUGUCAAA